CCGGCCAGCCGCUCUCAGACUCCUGGGAGGACCAGGGCUGGAGCUGGGAGGGGCAGCGAGGGGUCGCCUGCUGAUAUUAAGAGGUUCCCAGACUGGAGAGGUGGCGGGAUAGGCUGCGGGGACUGCAGACCCCACCUCCCAGGAGCCAGGGUCAGGGCUGGCGGCUGCGGUGGCCUGAGGGCUCAGGCGGCCCAGUCUGGCCGCGCGGUGGCCCUGGAGCGUCUCCAGGCGCCGGGUGGGGCGCGAGCGAGCGCCCAGCCAGUCACCCGGGCAUGUGGGCGCGGUGGGGCGCGGGCGGGCCGCCCUGGGACGGUGCUGGCCACCUUGGCUGAGUGUCCAGCGGUGCCCACGCGGUCCUCGGCCUUUGCUUCCAGCCCGCCCUUCCCGACGGCUUCUGGCGGCCCCGCCGGACGUGGCGGGCACCGGGGUCCUCCUGCCCAGGCGAGCUCAGGCCCUGCACAGGUCCUGUGAACGUGCCAGGGCCCAGGAGCCACUUUGCUGAGUGGGCGUCCGGUCAGUGCGGACUGCGGCGCUGCCCGAGCCUCCAGGAAGGCCUGUGGGCCCACCCCUGCGUGGCCCGUGGGGUGCACAUGCAAGCCAUUUUCGGGAACUUCGGCCACAGGUGAAUAAGACCGCAUACCUGCAAAGAUGCUGAAGCAGAUCCUGUCGGAGAUGUACAUAGACCCGGACCUCCUGGCAGAGCUCAGCGAAGAGCAGAAACAGAUCCUGUUCUUCAAGAUGAGGGAGGAACAGAUCCGACGAUGGAAAGAAAGAGAAGCAGCGAUGGAAAAGGAGGAGUCCGUGCCAGUGAAAUCCAGGCCGAGGAAAGAGAAUGGCAAAUCUGUCCACUGGAAACUAGGAGCUGAUAAGGAAGUCUGGGUCUGGGUGAUGGGUGAGCACCACCUCGACAAACCCUACGAUGUGCUCUGUGAUGAAAUUCUUGCCGAGAGGGCCCAGCUGAAAGCAGAACAGGAAGCAAAGGAGCUCAGAAAAACUGAGGUUGAGGAGUUCACCAACAGCUUGACAAUAAAAUCACAGUACUGUGACAGACACCCCGAUACCUGGGUGACCGGGAACACCGGAAGGAAAGUGGCAGAAGAGUCAGGGCGAGAAUCCAGACCAGCAGUGGCCCUUGACGAAGAGAAGAGCCAUUCGCCAUCCAGCUCUUCGAGAAACAUUCAACAAAUGUUGGCGGAUUCGAUCCAUCGUAUGAAGGCAUAUGGGUCCCACCAGAAGAAAGAAGCGAUGAAGAAAAAACAAGAGGAAGAAAUCAAACAGACUGAGGAAGAGAGAGCCAAGCAGAUUUGUAAGAACUGGAAGGAAGAUUCGGAGUGGCAAGCAUCUCUACGAAAAUCCAAAGCUGCUGAUGAGAAGAGACGCUCCCUGGCCAAGCAAGCCCGGGAAGACUACAAGAGGUUGUCGCUGGCCGCCCAGAGAGGAAGAAGUGGUGAGGGGCUGCAGAGCCUCCCAGCUGUUCCACAGAAACCCAAAAGACCUCCCCUCCCACCCAAGCCUCAGUUCCUAAACCCAGCGGGUAGCCCUCCAAAACCUCUUAGCAGAACCCAGGGCGUGACAAGGACGGCGUCCAGCUCGGCCCAGGAGGACAUCGUGCGCUGGUUCCGGGAGGAGCAGCUGCCGCUGCCGGCCGGCUACCAGAAGGCCGCAGACACCAUCGCUCCCUGGUUCCACGGAAUCCUCACACUGAAGAAGGCAAACGAGCUCCUGAGUGCGGCCGUGCCCGGCAGCUUUCUCAUCCGAGUCAGCGAGAGGAUCAAAGGCUACGCCCUGUCCUACCUGUCGGAGGAGGGCUGCAAACACUUCCUCAUCGACGCCUCUGCGGACUCGUACAGCUUCCUGGGCGUGGACCAGCUGCAGCACGCCACCCUGGCGGAUCUGGUGGAGUAUCACAAGGAGGAGCCCAUUACAUCCCUGGGGAAGGAGCUCCUUCUCUACCCCUGCGGACAGCAGGAAGAGCCACCUGACUACCUGGAGCUCUUUGAGUGACAGCCUCAUCCGGGUCCCCCCACAGCCUCCAGCUGUGCCUUCCUCUGGACACACCCCACUGAGAUGGACACCUGGGUGGGAAGCCAGAAAUCUCCCUGCAACGGAGCCAAGGGCAAUUGACCGAAAGUGCCCCUGGAGUCUGCACUGAACUCACUUUUGCACAAACGCUGGGGUUUCAUGUCAGGAGAAAAUGACCUCUACCCCCUGCACACUCCGACAUCACGGGGGAUGCGUCCCAACCUCAGCAGCUGGUCGACAUGAAGAGUACACCUCAGUGAUGCGUGGACGAGGAAGCUGAGAAGUGGAAGCCUUUCAGAGUUGAGGCACACUUCGAAGGGCAGUAGCCGUGGGAACUGGUGGGUGACCCCUGCACUCCCGCUGUAUCAUCUCCAGAGCCUCCAGGUCCAGCUCGUGUGAUGUUCCACGCUGGCUUUGCACCGCUGGGAGAAAAGCCAUUGCAGGUGGUUCUGAUGACCCUUGAGACAUACCCUGUUAUUGUGCAUGUGGGGGCCAGGACGUAAGGGACGGAAAAAUAGGAGCCAGGAAUGUAAGCUAGGUUGUGGAAGGCAGGACGAGAGCUCUCCCGUGUGUAGAAACACACAGGGACUGCAGCAAUGAGCAGACCUCGGCCAGCUGCUCUCGUUCUGGAGGAGGGCCGGUUUGGGCUCUGAGAGGGCACCAGAGGACAGGGCACCUGCACACCUAGGGCGUUCCGAGAAUGGAGGGAGCUGCCCUGACUACGCACGGGGAAGCUGUGUUCCCCCACGAGACACGUGGGAGUCUGCACUCCCGUUCCUGGGAACGCGCCUUACAUGGACAGUCUGCAGUUGCAGUCAAGAUCCGAUGAGGUCACCCUGGCUGAGGGUGGCAUCCUCGUAAGGACGGAGAGGUCUGGAAACAGACACACCUCGAGGGAAAGUGGCAUGGGCAGCAGAGACAGAGAUGGGGCUGCCAGGAGAGGAAGGCCGAGCGUGCUGGCCACUACCAGAAGCCAGGGAGAGGCGGGGACAGGUUCUCACGGAGCUCAGAGGGAAACGGCCAUGCUGCCACCUUGAUCUCAGACGUCUGGCCUCCAGAACUGUGGAGAAUAAAUUUCUGUUGUUCUAAGUCA